UGUAAAUUUUCAUCUUAUUUCCAUGUGUUUAUGGAACAAAGCUGUUUCCCAAAUUUGAAAGUUUAUCAUUUGCUCCUUAUACAUUUGCUGAAGAACAUUUAAAAGCAGGACACAGGCAUAAUUUAAAUCAGAAUCAAAUGUGAUUCUGUAGCUUUUUCGUUUUGUUUUAUUGUGACUUUUAAUGGGAUUACUGUUGUUAUCUAGGGUUUCAGGCUUACAUGUUUAAAAGCAAUUUAAGUAAUGAUACCAUUACAAAUCAUAAGAGUUGAUUUAAAAUAUAACAGCAGGUAAACGUUAAUAGAUAAUUUGCUGUUCAGAUAAAAAGAAUGUAGCAGCAGUUUUAUUUUUCAGGUAGACAUGGCAGCUUUGAUUUUCUUCUAGAUUUUUGUAUGUUUGAAUUAACUUUCUAGCAAACUAGCUUUUUCAGUAUUUCUUUGCCAUGCUGUUAAAAAUAGAAACAAGAUUGAUAACCAUAUAUCUAGGUAGCUGACAACUAAUUUUCACAUUUAGAUCUGGAAUACUUAUUAAAACUAGUUUAGUUCCAUUGGUGAUAUUCUUAAUCAUAGGUUAUCAACAGAACCCUAGUAUACUGAAGAACUCAGAAACUAGGUUAGGAGUUAAAUCAGAUGAGAUGGUAAAUUAUAGAACAGUUAGGCUUUUACUUGAAGGCAUAUUAGAAUAAAUAAAAGUACAAACAGAUUUGAUAGAUGCACAAUUAUGCAUAGCUAACAAAUUAAAAGCAAACAGCAUCACGAUUACUUUCUCUGAUUACCGUUAAGAUUAAGCUAUUCCAUUAGAAAAUCUAAGUUUAACCUAAGUUAGACAUGACAUUACCCUGGCUUUAGAAUUUCUUCAUUAAAAAAAAAAGAUAAUCUUGAAGGAGAAUUUAUUUAGAUUUGGUUCAGAGGACAGCUUUAACCCUUCCCCCACUGCAGUUCCAAUUUAGGACAAAUAGCCAUAGUGGAAGAGCACUCUCAAUUAGAGCCAUAAUGGAGAAAAAAGUAGGAGAAUCCCUCUACAGUGGAUGACAUUCUUUCAAAAACCAACUGCUUUAUAUUUUCUUCACUUGUGCAAGAUCUGUCUUACAGAGAGCCAGUUUGGUCUUGUGGUUAAGGCAGCGGGCUAGAAACCAGGAGACUGAGAGUUCUGGUCCCGCCUUAGGCAUGAAAGCCGGCUGGGUGACCUUGGGCCAGUCACUCUCUCUCAGUCCAACUCACUUCACAGGGUUGUUAUUGUGGGGAAAAUUGGGGAAGGAGGGAAUAUUAAGUAUGUUCCCCACCUUGAGUUAUUUAUAAAAAUAAAAAAGGCGGGAUAGAAAAUAAAUAAAUCUAGUUUGGUCCUUAAGUAAGGCUUCUGGCAGUACUAUAUGAUAUCAUGGAGUAGAGAAAUAGAGAUAAAAUUGUAUAUGUAUUAACUCAUAUUUUAAAUAACUCGUUUAUUUUAUGGUGGACUACUAUUAUUUGUUUAUUUCUUGAGUUCUAUCACAUAUUAUUACUGUUUAGUGUCUUAUGUAUGAGAGUACUUGAAAUAUAUGACAGAUUCAUAUAUGACAUAUAGAUAGCAAUUGCCAUUAGAUUGUUACUAAAUUAAGGGAAGAUAAAUAUAAAAAAUCAGAAUAAAUAGAUAACAUGGUGGAAGAAGUACUUAUAUACUAUAUUCAGUUAAUAGGUGCCUGAUUAAGCAACAAACUAGCAGUACAGAUAAAUAUAUUUGGAGAAAAUGUGUUAAAGGGCUUCACUUUCAAAAAGUAUGGAUAACAAAGAUAAGACUGUUGAACACCUUAUAGUGUGAAAUCAGUGCAAAAUGCUGUGGGCACAAGAUAAUUUAGCACCCAUAUAAAAUGACUCUUUAAACAGGAUCUUAUUGGUCAUAAAUGUGCUUAAUCAGAUUCAAACUAAUCAUGGCAGGUGCCGAUAUUAGAAACAUCAGUGGGGGCUGGUUGAUAAUCCUAACUGUGACUGGGAACAUCCCACAAACUUUACAUCACAAUCGUGAUGGAAUGUCCCUGCAGGUUUCCUGGCUCCCUGCAAGAACUACAUCAUCUUGAGGGUACUGCUGUCCAAUGGCUAAACAAUCCGGCCAUAGGCUUAGAUACUUUAGUAACUGCUCAUACAUAACUUAAUUUAUUCAUAAGUUUAUUCAUCAUUUGUAUUGCGUAUUUUUAAAAUAAUUUAUUGUCCCAAUGGCCUAUAUUUUAUACACUUUUAUAUAUUGUUUCUGUGAUUUUUAUGCAACAAUGCUGCAUUCUGCUAUGCCAUAUGAAAUAAAUAAAUUAUAAUAGGCAUGGCCAGAGACCUUUCCCAAAGUAUCAGGAGUCAAACCAUUUAGGAUUUUAUAAAUCAAAAAUAGCCCUUUGCAUUGGGCUUGAAAGUCAAAAACAUAACCAGUAUAAUUUCACAAUAGAUUGUGAAUGCACUUCAAUAGAAAUGAUAUGCACUUAAGCAUAUCAAACCUACAUUCAUUAAUAAUCAGAUACAUUCAGAGUUUUCAAAUUACCUUUAAGAAAAGUUCCACCCAGACUCAGGAAGCCCUUAUAAGUUUCAGGCUUGUGUGCUCCUUUCUUUUUCUUUUCAUGUGAGCUUUCAGAUUUUUUCCUCGCAAAUGAUAGCUUACUAUUUUGCACAAUGUUCAAGCUCAAACUAAAAUACAAGUGUAUUAUUUGCUGCUGACUAUAGCUCAUUGCACAUGACUGAAAUGGUGCACUACUUACGUUUUAGCCCUAACUCCAAGCUGAAGCUUCUAAUGUCUGUGAGCACUAAGUGUGGAAAAGGAAAUGGAGCACAAAGUCCACUCUUUGUGACCUGGAAGACAGGCCGAGACAAACGACUUCGGGGCUGCAUUGGAACUUUCUCUGCCAUGAAUCUUCACUCAGGACUCAGGGAAUACACAUUAACCAGUGCACUUAAGGACAGCAGAUUUCCACCCCUGACUCGUGAGGAGCUGCCUAAACUUUUCUGCUCUGUUUCCCUCCUCACUAAUUUUGAGGAUGCCACUGACUACUUGGACUGGGAGGUUGGAAUCCAUGGAAUCAGAAUUGAGUUCAUCAAUGAGAAAGGUGUCAAGCGCACAGCUACAUACUUACCUGAAGUUGCUAAGGAACAAGAUUGGGAUCAGAUUCAAACAAUAGACUCCUUGCUCAGGAAAGGUGGUUUUAAGGCUCCAAUUACCAAUGACUUUAGGAAAACUAUUAAACUCACCAGAUACCGUAGUGAGAAGGUGACAAUCAGUUAUGCAGAAUACAUGGCUUCUCGUCAGCAUUGUUUUCAAAAUGGCACUCUUCAUGCCCCACCCCUCUACAAUCAUUACUCCUGACACAAAGCUGCAUGACCAGUCCCGCCCCCCAGCUGCCAGCUAUGACAUCAUUGGAGCAGAUGCCUCCUCUUCCUGGUCCAGUUACUUCUAUUACUGCACCAUUUUAUGAUGCUAGCUUCCGUUGCCAAGUCUGCCUUCCAAUUGAUUAUGGGUGGUGGGGGCUACCAAGUGAGUGCAACUGAAUUUCAGAGGCCCAAGCUUACUUCGUUCUUCAGAAUGAGGGUUCACUUGGACUGAGUACCUGGGACCAUUGCCAUUGGAUAGAGAGAACCUUGAGGAAUGGCAGUACCACUUCAGAUUGCUGUCUCUGUGUUAAAUUGCACUGUGUUCAUUUGAAUUGUUAAUUACAAUGCCCCCCGCCCAUCCAAGUAGAUUUCUUCUGGCAGUCUGGCAACGGAGUCCAACAAAAGAUUUUUAGGUUAUUUGUAUUUUCUUUUUUUUAUCUUUAAUAUUUAUCUGCCAUAAGCUAAGUAGUCCUAACAUGUCCCAGUCAAACAUGUUAUGACUUGUUAUAAGGAUGGUAUGCCUGGAAGUUCUCCUCCUUGCAAAAGAUGGCAAUUAAUCAAAGAUUUAAAAGGUAAAAUAAAAUUUACUGCAGAUAAAAAGCAUUGCCUAUUCAUAUCCAGAAGGUUUCAGUUUAUACAUCUAACUACUUUUAUUUUUGACACAGAAAGUAGCUUACUAGAUAAGAUACUGCAUGCAAGAAGGUGAAGCACUGUGGAUUGUGUAUGGAAGUAGCAUAGGUUUCCUUUUAUCCCAAAAGUAUAAUCUUUAGGUUUCUUUUGGGUGUCUCACUUAAAGUACAGGCAGUAGGAUUUGCAAAUGAAUUGGGGCAGAUCUUUUCCCACAAAGCUAUCCUUAUUGUAAUAAAAAAAAGAGUGUGAAUUUUUAUUAUUGAAAAUAUUCCAUGAGGCCUGUGUUUUUAACAGGCAGUUUUUGUUUUGUUUUUUGGCUAGCGUGGCACUAAUAGUUAGGUAAUAAAUGUUAGCUUAAGUGGGUUAUCAGAUCUGAGCAUGUUCUUGCUGCACUGAUACUUCAGCCCUAAAUAAUAUAAUUGGAAGUAAAACAAAUUGAUUUAAAUUAAUUGCUUCCGGAUAAGUGUACUUAGAAUUGGAACUUAAACUUUACCCACCAAGAAAAGUUAACUGGGAUCCAGGUUUUAAUAUCCUAUAGAUUUUCAAGUUUCCUAUUAAACUGAAUAUGCAGGACACUGAAUAGUAAACACAAACCUUUUCCAACUUUUCACUAUCUCAGUUCUCCUGUGUCAGUCAUUAAGUGAUAUCAUGAGAGCAACAAUGUCCCCCAAAUUAAUCCACAAAAUGUAGCAUUAAUCUGCAUUAAAUGAAAUGUAGCAUUUUUGAAAAAAGUGAUAAUCAGCUUGAAAAACAGGAACAAUUAGAUGAUGGAUUCAGCAUAAUGGCAGUAUGAUAGAUACCAUAUGUGCACUAUAUGAAACAACAGUUGCUUUUGUAGAAACCAAAAAAUGCAUAGGAAUUACCUUUUACUACAGGAUACAAAUCUCCAUAUCUUUUGAACAAAUUAACCUUGUCAUGGUGGAAGAAAGGAGUAAAUGCUUUCUAUCUCAAAGCAAAGCCUCUAAGGCCAAAGAGAUGCCCCAUCCCUGGAAAGAAGUAUAAACAUUAAUUGUUUAUCUAUUGAGGUGAACAUUAUUUGUCAUAAUUUAAAUUGCUGAUUAGAAGAUGGCAAAUGUAUAGUACCUUCUUUGCAACAGGCCUACUUAAGAGAAUCUAGGAUUCUUCCAGACUGCAUAUUUUUCUAGCACUCUUCACAUAUUUCAGAAGAAACCACAUAGUUUUAUUUGAUACUGAACAUACUUGUAGAAGGGAGGGGUAAAAGAGGAAUAUGCACUAGCCAUGCACAAUAUUGUCCUAGCUUUUAGUUUUACACUGGGAUCAUUCAUUUGGAUUACCACUUUUUCCCUUCUGAUUAUGCUGAAAGUAGAUAUGAAGGGACUUUCCCACAAUUUCCUAUUACUGAGAGUAAAUUAGCCUUCUUAUAAAUUAAAGUGAAUUGAAUUGUAAUUACUCUUACUGGUGCCCUCAACAGAAAAGAGACUAUAGAAUGGGAGGGGAAAGUUAAGCUCUGGUCAGGCCAUCCAUCUCUGCUCUCAGACAGUAUUGAACUAUAGGGCUACACAAAUUACUAUUAGUGUUCUAUGUUAGAAUUUAAAUUGUAAAGAUUUUUUUAAAAGCAAAAAGGAAAAAAUGGUGCUAAACUUUCACCCCUGAGCACAUUCGGUAAGACUGGUCAUGCAGGCAUAUAGUGCCGUACUAUUCAAUAUUGCUUUUUUUUUUUUAGAAAAUGUUUGCCCUGUUACAUGUAAUCAGCAGUGUACAGCAUUAAUUAUUUGAUCUCAUUUUAAUGGGUGGAGGGGAGUUUAGGAGCCAGAUGGGGGCCUUAAUAUUUUAAAGAACAGACUUUUAAGUGUGACAACUUACUUGGUCUAAUUUUAUUAUUAUACUGAAAUAAAUAAAAAUAGUUUUGGAGUGAGAGCUGGUCUCAUUACAUGCCCCUGUUUCCAUCUAACCACCUAAUCCAUAGUCAUGGAAUGCCUCUGUUAAAGUUGGAUUGUGAUUUUCUUGUAGUAAGUAAAACAGCAACGGGCAAUGGAGCACACAGAACAGUAAGAGGAACUGAUACCAUUAGAAUGAUCUAACAAACGAGUUCAGUUACAGUAUGGUACAUCAAUGCUACAAAAUGAAUUGAUCAUGGGACCUAUAUAUUAUAUACAUAGCAGUGAUGCACUGUGAUGAGCCCAGACUAAUAAACAUACAAAAGAUAUGGAAACCAACAAAAGAGAGCUAUCUUUUCAAGAGUCCUAAAUGUUGUAUUUUCUAUCUGAUUAAAGAGUGAUGUAACUGUAUAAAGAACUUAGCAAUAGUAUUCUGGUUUGAUUGGAAAAUGGCUCAUCCUUAGCUACAAGCAAGUGCCUUUUGGUCUAGAAGGAUUUAUUUCAAGUGGUUGAGAAUCUCCUUUGUUGCAGCCUUGUAUCUCUAAGGGAUUUUUUUUGGGGGGGGGGAGGUUCCCAUCCCUUCCAAGUAAUAGCAGAGGAUGUCAUUGAUCAUCAGAGGUUCACUGUUUUUAAUAUUUUUCAAGGAAUUUUCUUUUCAUAAUAACAAAUAGCAAUCUCAAUAGAGGCAUUUCAGUUAGAAAGGUUUUACAGUCAAAAUAUUACAUCUGCAAAUAGCUGCUCUGAAUAUUAUUUUUUUAAAUGCAUAUUUUAACCUUCCACAUUUCAUGUUUUGCACAUAAUUCUUUUCCCUAUUCAUUUUAACAUUGCAAUCUUCUCUGACUGAGUGCUGUUUUCUACUUUUUUCCCAAUUCUGAAAUGAAUAAUGAUUUGGUUAAUUUAAGUUGUUCCUUUUAAAGAACCUCUUUAAACCUUCAGUCAAGAGAUGUCAGACCAAUUCUUUGUUAUUACACUUGGUUGCCUCCUAGCUAUAUAACUUCUGAGUGUAAAUCAUUGAACUUUACCCUCUAAUGAAGUAUUGUAGAAAAUAAAUUGUAACGGAUACAUUUUUA